GUGUGAGCGCCGCGACGCCCAGAGCAGCUUCAACGUUAAGCGUCACCGACGUGGGUUUGACGAGAAACUACGUUUUCUUUCUCGUCCUGGUCAUCGUCGUUGUUUUCGUCAUUUUCGUCGUUGCCUUCUUGUUAGUCUUUUUCGAUCGGCCAUCGUUGUGGCGCACGCGGCUACACAUUGCCAAUCGGUUUGGUGCGCGACGAAAAGGGGACAGAGAAAGACAGAGACUCGUAUACCCUCCUCCUCCUCUUCUUCCUCCUCCUUCUCUUCAUCCCUUACCCUCUCUCCCUCCCUAUAGUAUCUCUCUUUAUCCCUCUUUUGGAUAUCUUUCACCCCAACCCUAUCUCUGUCUUUCUCUUUUCCGACAACUCGCAUGUCCGUUCGCCCGACACUAUCGUCUCACUAUCGCUGCUGUCCUUUGCACCCGUGGUUCACGUGUUCCGCGAAUGCGUCGUGAAUCGCAUCUCCUCUCUGUGUCCUCGACCGAUCCUCUCGUUAUUCGAGGGUGGCAUGGUCACGGAAAGGAAAGGGAAUGACCGCGGCCGUGGACGCGAUCAGCGAUGAACCAGCAGGAAGGAAAAUGACAUAACACGCAAGGGUACAUGCAAACGUAUUGUGUUUGACGGUUGGUCGCGCGAUACGUUUUCGCUUCGUGGAUAUUUCGAUGACUUUGCACGUGGGAGUGAAGAUGCACAGUAAAGGAAGCAAAGCUGUUCAGUUAACUCCAUUAUUCAUUACCGAUACUAAUUUAAGUGCUUAUGUCAGUGAAUUAAUUUGAGAGCAGUAUAUCGUUUGUGAUAGAAACAUUACUGUGAAAAAUAGAUAAAUACUCUUCUGUGUGAACCUUACGUGUUGACAUAUGAACAUAAUAAAUGUACAUGUAAACAAUGACAGUUUAGUUAAGGAAAUUAGUGCAUAGAAGAGAAUUUGUUGCUGGGUGUUCACUACACGUUUCAGAAUGAACGUUACCACGGCUUAUACGGAUACAACCAGCAGUCUAGCUGGAAUUAUGGGACUCGAGCCGGAGAUAAGAAUGGAUAAAGCUGAGAACGUUUUCGACAAUGACCUUGACAUUUCACCGGUCACCUUAUCGUCGGCAUGGUCGAGGGUAGCUAGACUGCUCUUAUUAGCCUCUAUGGCGGUUGCUGGUAGCGUCGGUAACGUUUUCAUGAUUUCCGCGGUGGUGGUCGAAGAUCAACUCAAAAAAAGAGGGAAUGCAUUUCUGGUGAAUGUCGCAUUGGCAGACUUAUUAGUGACAGGCAUGGUAAUACCGGUAUCCGUGAUUGUCAUUCUGGCUGGUCACGAAGAGUCAUUAAGCACAUGUCGAUUCGAAUGCACCCUGGAAGCCCUUUGUUUUCUGGUCACUGUUCUAACGUUAGCAACCAUAGCUGCGGAAAAUUAUACUCGUUUGUGUCUACCAGCCGAAAGAUACGCCUCACUGACACCAAGUCGUGUAACAGGAACAAUCAUUGGCGUUUGGUUGAUCUCCAUAAUGAUGGUGGUGUUGCAGUCGUCGUUGGACGUAGGGCCCGACUUUUGUCGUCGCCGAUUCAGCGGUAUAGCCUUGGAACAAAUCAUUGGAGCUACCCUUCUGGUAGGUUUGCCAGCAUUGAUGACCACAUUUUUUUACGUUAAACUGGUAAUUCGCGUACGUCACGCGACAAGAGGUUCGUACAAGCCACCGGUCGCUUUUUCCUGGGAUUACGAACUUUGCAAGGCAAAUAUAUACAGCUGCCUGAUGUUCGUGAUAUUUUGGUUACCAUUCGGCAUAGCUGUAUGCGUAAAUUCUUUCCGACCGAUAAGCGCUCGUAUUCUUUACAAUUUGGCCUGGUUCGCACUCUCCAAGUCAUGUUUCAAUAAUCUCCUCUACUGCGUGGCAGACCGCCAUUUUCGCAACGCUUACGUCAAGCUUUUCCACUAUUGUUGUUGCAAAACUACAGUCAGUUUCUCGCGAAGACCACGAGGUGACGGGGGAAGAAACGCCAGCGAUGUACGUCUUAGAGUUCAUAUUAUCCAUUCCUAUGCGAGUCCGGGGUCGUGUCGACCCCCUGUUAGCAGACCCAACGGACGCGACGUUUACGAGCUCUAAACGAUGGUUGACGAUCAAAACUGUACUUGUACAAAGUUACAUCCUCGUCCAAGCAAACGAUCGCCGUCCAGUGAAACCUUCUCUCUUCACUUUCUUAGUCCCUUUCGUUCAGCUACCUCUUCUGAGAUGCUUCCGUCAUUUUAAGUUAUGCUUUUAUCGUCGACUAACUCAGAAUAUAUUGAAUAGUUGGUUAUUUCAUAUAUAUAUAUAUAUAUAUAAAGAAUGAUUAAAUACAGAAGAAUUGUUUAGUCUUUGAUACAAGUGUUUUUAAUGGUACUAUGGCGGUGCUUCCGGUACUGGCCACCAGAGGGAUACAGACGCUGUACUUUCUCGCAAGUCCUUGCACGACGAUGCAUCACUAAUGAUCAAUAUUGACAAAUACUGAUGAUAUUCAAACAAUUGGAUACCAAAUGAUACUCGGUGAGAAGUAUGGAGCGAAAUUUUAGAUACUUGGUAUCAAUUUUUGAUACUAAAAUAAUAAUACGCUUAUUAAAAGAAAAUGCUAAUCUCUUCAAGUACAGUCUAUAGCUUGGCCUUACUAAUAACCUAAAGCUUCCAGCAGAUGGCACUACAGAAAUACAAUAAUCUUUUCUCAAAACUUUCAGCGUACAAGUCCACAUUAAUUUUUACGAAGUAACCGCCAUAAUACUAUUAUAUUUUCAGUUUAGAUUUUAAUGCGUUAUAAUUGAUAAAUAUUUUAACGACAGUUAGUAGAAUUUAUCUCUUGAGAAGAAAUAUGGCUACUACCAAUUCUGGCACUAAUGAAUAUUUAUAUAGUUUAUGCUUCUGUUUUCAGUGUAAAUAUUGCUUGCCAAAGCAUCGAAAGAAAUGUUAUAAUUGACACUGAAACAAGCAAUCGCCGUCCAUUGAAAAUUCUCCCCUGUUUCUAAAAUACUUUGUUCAUUUGUAUCCUUCCAUUUGUAUUCUUCCAAAAAAUUGACUGCUUUAUGAUGAUACAUAUCGAAGAAACUAUUUGCCACAACUGUUCUUUAGACGACAAUUUUAUUUUAUUUUGUACGAAAAAAGAACACUGUAUCAAUAUACAAAGUACAGUUGUUUAAUUUCAUACACGGACUAACAGAAGUAGAACUAUUUUCCAGUAAGAGCUAUUUUGUAUUUUGUUAGCAUAAAUCGUUUCUAUCGCAAAAUGUUUUUAUAUAAAACUUGAAAUGGAACAUUCUUGUUCGAUAUGAAAAAUGUGACUGAACCUUGUUAUCACGUUUAGUAAAAUUUUCAUUUCAAAUAGAAGGCAAAAUGACGUUGAAUACUGAUAUACGAUUUCAAUAUUAUAAUCAAAAAUAAAUUACAUGUUACUCGUCCAUAUAUAAUAGAUAGUUAAAACAUAUUUAUAUUAGCGCGAGGUUUUGCAUUAUUCUGCAUUAUUAUUCUUAUUUAAUUGCUUGCAUUUUAUUUUUUUCCAUUUUCUACAAAUUUCUCAUUUCAUUGCUAAUAUAACGAAUUAAUUAAACAAUUAACUCCUAACAAUUCCUAACAAAAAUU